GUCAGUCAUUUUUGAUCUAUAGUCUUAUGUUCUAUAGAUUUUAGAAAUUAUUAGUUCUUUGGUUUAUACGUUUAUUAAUUUUGGUGCUAUUUUUUAAUUGCAGUGAUUACUGCUGUUAUUGGUGCACUUAUUUCACAUUAUAACACUUCCUAACAUGUCUGGUGAACCUGAAGUAGCACGCACUCCUGAAGGUGAAGAGACGGAAGAAGAAGAAAUCAAGUCCUCAUACAGGCCACCACCAGAAAAGACUAUUGAGGAAAUUUUAGCAGCAGAUCAAGAAGAUGAAUCAUUGAGAAAAUACAAGGAAGCAUUAUUAGGACAGGCGCAAGCAGGAACAGUUAUUGUUGAUCCGAAUGACCCUCGGAAGGUGAUUGUGAAGAAGCUAGCACUCUGUGUGACGGAGCGGGAUGACCUUGAGCUGGACCUCUCCGGGGACCUCACAGACCUCAAGAAACAGGUGUUUGUUAUCAAAGAGGGUGUGCAGUAUCGGAUAAGGAUCGAUUUUAUUGUGCAGCGAGAGAUCGUGCACGGACUCAAGUACGUGCAGAAGACCUACCGCAUGGGAGUGCCCGUGGACAAAAUGACCCAUAUGGUUGGCUCGUAUCCCCCAAAGACCGAAAUCCAGUCUUACACCACUCCGCCCGAGGAUGCACCGUCUGGUCUCAUGGCGCGUGGCUCCUACACCGUCAACAGCCUCUUCACUGAUGAUGACAAGAACAUCCAUCUCCAAUGGGAGUGGAGCUUCGAGAUUAAGAAGGAUUGGAAGGAUUAGAAUGACAUAAAGAGAUCAAACAGGAUUGGACAUUAGGUGAGACAUUUUGAACUAAAAUACACAGGCGAUGAUUCCGUUUUGUACAUUCUGUAUGGAAUUUUGUAAUGUCCAAUUCGGUUUGUUAGAUGGCGGGAUUGCAACGUAAGUUAACAUAUGUGUAAGGAUUAAAAGAAUUUGAUACUUGAAAUGUGACAAAACUUUACUAAGUUUGUACUUAUAAUCCUUGGAAGGAAGAAAU